GGGUUGCGGGCUGCGGGCUCCUCCCCCGGGCGCGGGGCGCGGGGCGCGGGCGGGAUGCGCGGGGCGGGAUGCCCAGCCCCGGGGGCACAGCUGCGGCCCGGGCGCGCGGCGCGGGGCGGAAAAGCCUGUUGACACAGUCUGCACAGCGCCUGGGGAAUAAUGCAGUCAAGGAAGUGAGCCGACUCGGCCUGACUGCUCCAACUUCCUGCUCUCUCACACAGGAGGAAAAAAAAAAAGGAGCGAGAGAAAGAAAAAAAAAAAAGAGGGGGGAAAUCAGGAUCUCAUUACAAGAGCAGCAGACCGUCUGCAGACGCUUGUCAGCAUGGAAAGUCGGGGGCUUUCGCCUGGUUCCUCCUAGAACCCCCUGCACCCACCACCCUCCCCAAGACGAAUCUGGAGCUGCCCCCACGUCUGGGCAUGGAGAGUGCAAUCACGCUGUGGCAGUUCCUGUUGCAGUUGUUGCUGGACCAGAAACAUGAGCAUCUGAUCUGCUGGACCUCCAACGAUGGUGAAUUCAAGCUCCUCAAAGCAGAAGAAGUGGCCAAGCUGUGGGGACUCCGCAAAAACAAAACAAACAUGAACUACGAUAAGCUGAGCAGGGCCCUGCGAUACUAUUACGACAAGAACAUCAUCAAGAAGGUCAUCGGGCAGAAGUUCGUGUACAAGUUCGUGUCCUUCCCGGAGAUCCUCAGGACCGACGCGCCCUCGGCCGACGCGGCCCGGGACGGCCUCCUGCUGCCGCUGCCGCUGCCGCUGCCGCUGCCCGACGACCGCCCGGCGGCCCCCGACGCGGCGCCCAGGAGCGGCGGCCGCCGCCAGUACCCGCCGCGCUCGGGGCUGUUCUCGUCCUUCCCCCGCGGCGCCCUGCACGGCGCGCCCGGACCCCGCCAGGCCGAGGCCGAGGCCGAGCGGCCCGACCGCAGCCCCGACGACGAGGUCCGGACGGUCAUCCGCUUCGUGUCCCACCGGGGCCGCCCCCUGCCCGCCGCCGCCCCCGCCACGGUCGCCUCCGUGCGGCUGCCCCCCGCGGCCAGCGUGUCGUCCCCGUCCCCGUCCCCGUCCCCGUCGCCGUCCCCGACCCCGUCGCCGUCCGCCUCGUCGCGCUCCCCGUCCCCGGCCCCGGCCCCGGCCCCCGCCUCGCCCCUCUUCCCGGAGGCCGCCUGCCAGGAGCCGGAGCCCCUGAACCUGUCGUCGUCGGGCUCCAAGAGCCGGCCGCCGUGCCCGCCCCCCAGGGCCAAGAAGCCCAAAGGCCUGGAGCUCUGCGCGUCGCCGCUGGUGCUCGCGGCGGCCACCGACAUGGGCUCCGUCGCCCUCAGCAGCCCGGCGCUGCCGUCGGGGUCCCUCACCCCCGCCUUCUUCACCGCCCAGACUCCGAGCGGCCUGCUCCUGACCCCCAGCCCGCUGCUCUCCAGCGUCCACUUCUGGAGCAGCCUCAGCCCAGUCGCUCCGCUGAGUCCCGCCAGGCUGCAGGGGCCAAAUACGCUGUUUCAGUUCCCAACACUGCUGAACAGCCCCAUGCCGGUGCCGGUCCCCAGUCUGGACAGAGCCGCCUCGCCAGCACUGCUCUCCUCAAGCUCUCACAAGUCCUGAUGACGUCCAGCUACAAGAGAGACUCAUUAGCUUGCUUCCACGGGCGAGUUGGCCCGUCUUCAAAGGACCUUGUGAAGCCCUCUAUAAUUUGGUUUGCACUUUUCACAUCAUGGUUGGUCUAGGUUGAUGUUAGCAUUUUAAUACAUUUUUAUAUUCAAGUAUAUACGACCAUCUGUUCUGCAUUAAGUGAGUUCUGAUUUUUUAUAUUCUCUUAGCUCUUAAGUGGCAAACACUGUUGACAGUGCAGAGCUGUUCUUAAGGGCUCUCAGUAGCAUAAGGAUGUGAAGCUUCUGUCUCUCCGAUUCUGUAUAUGCUUGUACUAAUAACCAGCUGUGCCUUCUUCCCAUUUAUCUAUGUAAAUGAUUUAUAGAUUUUCUAGUAUUAGGAGAAAAGUUAGUGUCAAACAGUUCUCUCGUAGAACUGCGCUAUUUUUCACAAGUAGGAACUAUAAAAGCCUAGCCACAUUACUUCUCCUUUGCUUCCAAUUGUAUAAGAAUUGCCUUAGGACCCUUUUCAAAAUAAAAAUCAAUAAAUGAAAUGUCUAACAUUUUUAUAAGCAUAAACUAAGCCAUAUUUAGACAAUAAACAUUCAUAAGAGAAAAUGUUUUAAAGUGCAUUUCUUAAAAAAAUUUUUUUAAAAAACCCACUUUGAACGACUAGCCUUCCAGCUGUUUACACCCUUCUGACCCGCCCCAGAGAGAACGCUCCCUCCAGUCCAUCCGUCUACACCCCUGGGAAAUUCCCAAGUUAGGAAACUUUGCCACAAAGUUGGUCCUGGUUCUCCUCACUUUCCACAGACACUCAUACACCGGAAACAUUUACUCUAUUAUCAUGAUUUUUUUAAAGGAGGCUCAGCGGGCCAGCGAGAUAGCUUACUCGGACUGUGUGUGGCUCUGUCACACCUGUGGCCCAGGUUGCCUGCCCGGCUCCACACUGAAGGAAGCUCCAGGCCUGUGAUUUCAGUCAGUGUGUCUGUCUAAAAAAAUAAAGAGGCUCGGAGACUGGCAAUGAGUACAGUCUGCAAAGAAGUCAUUUAGUUAACCCCAGGUAUUAUACCUGGAGAGCUUGGGCUUGUCUGAGAAACUGAGGAGGUAGGAGACACUGCUUUGUGCAUUACAAAGUCUACGGUGACGAUGAAAGAAGAUAGAAAUGAAAAAUACAGGAAUUGUCGGACAGUUUGGAAGCCCCAGGAGAUUCUUUUGCUGUAUAGUUAGGAUCAAUGGUAACAGACACCUCUGUAUGCUUAGAGCCUGCCGGCAACACACACACUGCGGCAUCUUUCUCUGCAGAAAAGGAGAAGAUUCUGAUGACAGCUGACUGGAAAGUGCUUCCAAAUCAAGUUGUUCUGACCUGUAAGGAACAGAAAUAAUUUCUAAAAUCUGGCUAGAACUUUGGUCCAAACUGAGUGUUACUUAUCAGGGAGAUUAUGAGGGCAAACCCAGCAUAUAAAAAUACACAUUACGAGUUUUCAGAAGUUCCCAGUUUUUCUUAUAGUACUUACACAUUUUUGAGAUUUUCAGUCAGAAUUGAGCAUAUCUCUGUGUGUGAGGGCAUGAGCCCUGACUGGAAGUGGGUAAAUCCAGUGUCAAUAACUCAUUUUCACUAUAAAGCAACUGGGGACUGAUUAUGAAAUUUGCACACAGACAGCACUGUGAGUCCUCUCCACAGACGAGUGAUUUUGCACUGACGUAGCUGGUUCAGCGGACACAUACACUGUUAGAACUAGGAGGGGCCGCUGACAAUGGAACCUGAUGCCAUCUCUAGAUAGAACGACAGUGAAGCUGGAGUUUCCAGAGGGCUCACGGCUCACUGAAGGUGGAGCCCUGGUGCUUGGCCCAGCUCUUUAAUACUUUCUUUGACCAGCCUGUAAGCCUGACUGUUGGUUCCACAGACAAACAAGAACACUUUUCUUGUUUUGUCAAGGGAAGAAUGCUUCCCAAAUCAAGAUUCUUAGAGGGAAAGUAGAGGAAAGUUAAUAAUGUACAAAGGUCUCACCAAAAACUAUCUUAAAAUCUGAAUGUUAAUUAUAAGUAUUCAAAUGACUAUAAAUCUGAAUCUUGGAUUCCCAUCCACUAAAUAUGAGUAACACAUACUCUGCCUUCAUUUAAAAAUGGAAAAAUAAGUUCUCAGUGGAUAAAAAGAUUCACUGUAGCAUAAACAGAGAACUGGAGAUUUUGAAUGCAGCUCUGCCUUAUUCUAUGUGUUGGUUUUUUGUUGUUGUUGUUGUUUCAACAAUUAUUUUAGUCAGGAAAUAGGUUUCAAAGAACAUAUACUAAAAGGAUUUUUUCCCUCCUUUUUAUGUCUGCCUGAUCAGUGUUAAAAGGUUUUAUAGAACUGUAACCUAAGUGUUGUCUUUUUUGUACCUUUAUGAUUGUAAAUCUUCAUUCACUUCCAUGUAUGUAUCAUUUUUACCGUUGUUAUUUUUAAUAAAUACUUUGUGAUAAAAGGUG